AUUCAGGUGCUGCUAUAAUGUAUCAAUAUCUUCUAUAGAGAUUCUCAGUUUAUAAUGUUUCUCUCUGUGAGUUUUUCUAUCCUCGGAGAAGAGUGCAUCCUUUAUUUAAAUUGUUAAUUUAACGGAAAAGUUAAUAUCUUUCUGACGAAGCAUCCAAAAAAUGCAUUAGACUAGGGAAAAAUGUUGCACUGUGUUUGUCUGGUUGGCAUAUUGACAAUGGUUUUGCUUAUUCACAAAAAAAUUGGUAAGUGUCUUUCAGAUUUAUAUAUGCUUGUUGGUCAGACUGUUCUAGCACCUGAACCUCUAUGAUCAUAUUGUGAAACAACUGUACAAAUGAGAUGGAUAAGUGCCAUCACCUUAUCAUCUGUAAGAUUGCAAAUUAUAAUUAUUCCCUCUGCCCAUCUCUAUUCAAUGUUCCCAUUUCCAUUUUACACGGGGUUCAUAAAAAUAAGAUCAUGUAUGCUAUUUAUUUAGAAAUUCAAUAAUCAACAUGGAUCCCAAAAUUCGUGAAAUUGUUUGAUUAUAUUCUCUCUCUUUUUGUACUUGAGCAAUCGCCUGCUCAAAUGAGGCCAUUGCAUGGUUUUUAAAUUGACAAUAGACAUGGGCACCAUUCAGGUAUUGUUUGUUUUUACCAGAAAAUAAGUUUUUUUUUAGGGCAUUGAUUUUUUGUAUGCAUGCCGAUUUUUCUACAGUAUUCAAUGUAGGCUCCUCUUGAUUCCAGGAACAAUGUUUUUUGUGUUUGGGAAAUGAUCCUUUGAAAAAAGGAAGCCAUUUUAUCUAGAGAAAGCACUUUCCGUAUAAACUUAUUUUCUUGCUAAAAAAUGUGUUGCAAUCCAUAUGUUGAGCAAAGCACAAUUGCAUGCAUAUUGGUUCUUAAGUGUGUCUUGUUAAAUUUGUAACAAAUGAGCUCUACUCCUAAUUUCCUAUUAAGUGUUCGCCUAUGCACUAAAAUAAGUUAAAUGCGUAGGAAUGGAUGAUGUAUGUGCCUCUUUAUUAGAAUGCAAUUUUGGCGACGACAUAUUUUUAACCUUAUCUUCUUUCUGAUGAAUAUACAGGAAGGGAAAAACAAGAAAAUGAAAGCCUAUGAAGAGGAGAGGAAGUCUAGAGAGCGGAGAAGUCGAGAACCGGAAAGGGAAUCUAGUAGGGAUCGAGGUGAUAUCCGUGAAAGGGAUCAUCAUCGUGACCAUAGAAGCAAAGACCGAGGUGAUAGGUACAGUGACCGAGACCGAGACCGAGACCGAGGGUAUGAUAGAGAGAGGGAGCGCUCUCGUGGCUAUGAUUCUAAGGCCCGCCGCCGGUCACGUUCUCGAUCGAGAGAGCGUUCCCGCGAUUACGAUCGCCACAGGCGUCAUGACCGCUACUAGGCCAAAUACUACUGCCAUAUUUGUUCGGUCGCUAUUUGCACGCUUGCGAUCGAUCAACUAGCGUUUCAUUAAUAUGACCUUUUGUUUUGUUUUUUUUUGUAUUGAAUUAUCAGCUUUAAAAUGUGAAUUGCCCGGGAAGCAAUUUUAAAUGUGGCGUAGUAAUCAGUAUUUUUCUUAGCGGUUUGAUUAACUUUGAGAACUUCAAAGUACUGUCUCUAGGUGUUAUGUUGAUUUUGUACUCUUUAUUUCUCAAUGAAAACAUGUUCUUGUUGUGGAUUUAAGUUUUAGUUCAGGCAUAAUGAACAUGUAAAGGAUUA